AUGACGAAAACAGUCAUCAUCCUCGGCGCCUCGUAUACGGGUGUGGGAAUCGCUCAUAGUUUAUUGAAGCGUACCCAAAAAGAGGUCACCGAUUUGAAAGUGGUUCUUGUUUCCACGACAACUCAUAUGUACUGGAAUUUGGCAUCUGUUCGAGCGAUUGUUCCUGGGCAAUUGAGUGAUGACAAGAUUUUCCAAGAUAUUCAAUCCGGGUUUAAACAGUACCCCUCAGGGUCCUUCGAAUUCGUCCACGGUCGAGCCACAGGAAUAAACCCCGAUGCCAACACCGUUACUAUAUCGACCGAAUCUGGGGAAUCCACGAAAGACUACGAUCACCUUGUCAUUUCAACAGGGAGCCGCACAGUUGGCGACGUGCCAUGGAAGGCCUCAUUGGAAGGUUACGAGAAGACGAAGAGCCUAUUACACGAAUACCAGAAUAAAGUGAAAGAGGCGAAAUCUAUUGUGAUUGCGGGCGCGGGGCCAACGGGUGUUGAAACCUCUGGUGAAAUUGCCUUCGAGUUUGGCAAGGGCAAGGAGGUCACUCUGAUCACUUCUGGAAAAUCCGUCCUCGCCGACCUUCCAGCAAGUGUCGUGAAAGUCGCCACGAACGAGCUGCAGAAUUUGGGGGUCAAAAUCGUGGCCGAAACAAAGGUCCAGGGUUCCGUGACGAAGCCUGAUGGCAAGACCGAGCUCACAUUAUCCACGGGCGAGAAACUCGUCACAGAUUUAUAUCUGCCCACUGUCGGUGUGAUACCGAAUACCGAAUAUGUCCCCAGCAAGCUCCUAAACGACCACGGGGACGUCGUUGUUGAUGAAUAUCUACAUGCCAAGAAUACUUCAAAUAUUUGGGCCGCGGGCGAUGUUGUCGACAUCCAGCCUUCCCAGAUGAAGUACGCAACCGACCAAUCCAAAGCUCUUUCCAAGAAUCUCGAUCUUGUGUUGAAGGGCAAAGCUCCGGAAAUCUAUAAGUUUGAUGGUGCUCCAAUAAUCGCAGUCACAAUCGGCAGGAGUAAAGCCACUGGCCGCUCAGGAAACAUGAAACUCCCAAGUCUCCUCAUUUGGUGGAUCAAGGGCCGUACUUUGUUCACCGAGAAGUUGCCUAAGUACAUCAGUGGCGCAGAAUUCUAG